UGUAAGUUUUUGGUUUAAUAUAGCCUUUCUUCAUUUUCUUUUGUAGACCUUUCACUUUGUAAAUCGCUUCAUUUAGUCUUAUAGCCAGUUGAUUCAAAAUUCCUCAAUGAAUUUGUCCAGAAGCGCGCCGAGCAUAAACGACGCUCCAGGUUUAUUAUAUGCUGGCUUUAACCAAGAUUAUGGUUGUUUUGCCGUGGGACUCAAUAACGGUUUCCGAGUUUACAACUGCGAUCCUUUGAUUGAGCAAGCAAGAGACGAAUCCGACGAAGGAGGCAUAGCUAUAGUAGAAAUGCUAUAUAGAACAAACUAUCUUGCAUUAGUUGGAGGCGGACGAAAUCAUCGGUAUCCGCCCAAUAAGGUUAUUAUAUAUGACAGUAUGAAAGGGAAAGCAGUACUAGAAGUCGAAUAUAAAAGUGAAGUGAAGAAUGUUAAACUGAGGCGUGAUAGAUUAAUUGUUGUAUUGCAGAAUAAAGUCUUUGUUUAUCAGUUUAGCUUACCGCUGCAACUGCUCUAUACUUUCGAUACUUGCGACAAUCCAAAAGGUCUAGCGGCAGUAUCCAAAUCCUUAACCCAUGCCAUUUUAGUUAUUCCUGGUCGACAAAAGGGGCAUUUACAAAUUAUUGACCUCAACUCAUUGGGUUAUUAUAUAUCUGUUGGAGAAUCUGACCAAUCUACCUCGCCAUUAUACCCUUUUCAACAACCUCAUGUACCGCCUCAAAGCAAUACUCGACGAUCCAUAAACGUCAACAUCAUCGCCGCGCAUUCUGGGAAGCUUAGCUGUAUAUCGUUAAAUCAAGACGGCACCAGAUGUGCUACCACGAGCGAUAAAGGUACACUGAUUCGAGUGUUCAAUACAGCUACGGGCUCAUUAUUACACGAAUUAAGAAGAGGAAUGGAUAGGGCGGAAAUAUAUUCAAUAGCAUUUAAUCACGAAUCAACACGGUUAUGUGUGUCGUCAGAUAAAGGCACCAUACAUAUCUUUAAUUUAGAUCCAUCCGUAGUGACGCAGAUAGAUCAGAAACCUCGUGGUCCUACCUAUGGCGAAGUUGUUACAUACCCCACGCAAUCACCGACGAAUUAUGGGUUGACUACUUCAGGGAAUCGAGGGAGUGCCCUGAGUUUUAUGAAAGACUUGCUACCAAAGUAUUUCAGUUCGGAAUGGAGUUUUGCCAAUGCAAAACUGGCUACAGAAAGUAGGUGUAUAGUAGCCUUCGGUAGUCAGAAAAAUUCGCUUAUAGCCAUUUGUGCUGAUGGAAGCUGUUACAAGUUCUACUUUGAUCCAAGAAAGGGAGGUGAAUGCACAAGAGAGUCCUUUGUCCGUUUUUUAAAGCAAGAAUAGAGGAGGCAUCAUGCAUAUCCAAACAUAUAUCAGUACUUUUAAUGUUUAAAGAAGGCCAUGGAUCAAUGGUUAGAAAAGAGAGGGGUCAACAUGCUCAUCUCCAAAUCUUUUAGCAUAUCCUUAUUUGAUGCAUUAUUUAUCCACAAAAGAAUGCAUUCUCGUAUAUCUUCUGUAUUACGAAAUA